UAGAAGGAGGGUGAAAAGUAACAUGUUUUAGAGUGACUGAGGCACUUAGCUUCAGCUGAAGGUUCAGGAAGGAUUGUUCUCAGAUGUUGGAGAAGAUUUAGGAGAGAAGAAAUCAAGAGGGGACCGAUACAAAAGGUUUUGCAGCAGCUAAGGAAACAAGGAGAUCAAGAAAGAGUGACGAGGAUGUGUACACAGUGAUUAAGCAGGAAGAGGUUUGCAGACAGCUGGAAUCCAUGUUAUUACAGAAGCAAAUCAGCUGUGAGUGUUUGUCAGAGGACCAAAAACCAUCUGAGAGAGGAGCUGCAGGGGUGAAACACCGUACCUGUCUUACCUGAGACAUUUUCACAGUUCAAUUUUUUGUUCUCUCAACUAAGCUUUUGAAAGUAUCGUAAGUCAUGUCGGAGGAAGAAAAGUUGUCCUACAGUGAAGCCAUUAAAAAGGCAGGCGCUGCCAUCACCCGCUUUCCACUCAAACCAGUCAAGGGAGUUCCCCUCAUGUGCUUCAUCGCCAACAACUGGGACUCCAUCUGGGCUUUCCAUCCUGACCCCUCAGACAUCCUCAUUGCCACUUACCCAAAAGCAGGGACCACAUGGACCCAGGAGAUAGUUGACCUGCUUCUUCAUAACGGAGAUGCUGAGGCCUGCAAACGAGCCCCCACACCCAUCCGCAGUCCUUUCCUCGAGAUCUUCUCCCCACCACCUAUCCCCUCAGGUCUUGAUCUUUUGAAGACCAUGGAUCCUCCAAGAAUCAUCAAGACACAUCUUUCUUUUCACCUGGUGCCUCCUGGAUUUUGGGAAAACAAGUGCAAGGUUAUCUACGUGGCACGCAAUGCCAAAGACAACCUGGUGAGCUACUACCACUUUGAUUGUAUGAAUCUGACCCAGCCUGAGCCAGGGCCGUGGGAGGGCUACGUGACCAAGUUCAUGAAAGGAGAGCUGGCGUGGGGCUCCUGGUAUGACCAUGUGAAAGGUUACUGGGUGGAGAGAGAGAGGAAGAAUAUCCUCUACCUCUUCUAUGAGGACAUGAAAGAGAAUCCUCGGCGUGAAGUGGAGCGCAUCAUGAAGUACCUGGAGUUGUCGGUCUCCGAUGAGGUCAUCAGCCGGAUCGUGGAGCUCACCUCCUUUAAGAACAUGAAGAAGAAUCCUAUGGCCAACUACUCCUGCAUCCCAGACACUAUUUUUGAUAAGUCCAUCUCCCACUUCAUGAGAAAAGGUGAAGUAGGCGAUUGGAAAAACUAUUUCACAACCGAGCAAUCAAAGACGUUUGAUGAAGAUUAUGAAAAGCAAAUGAAGGGAGUCAACAUACCAUUCAGGACCCUCAUCUAAUGGAUUUUGUGUUUUCCAAACUGAAGUAGCUGUGCAAACCAAAGAUUGAUUAACUAAUACUGUACAGCACUCACAGGGCAGAAAUACUGAGAACUGAGAAAAUCUGAAAUAAGCUAAAUGCCAAAACAAG